GUUGACGAGGUGAAUGAGCGAAGGACAUGAACUACUCGCAAGGGAAGGGACGGCUUUACCCAGCCUACAGCCUGAGCGGCAGCGAGGGGGAGGAUAAUUCAGUGGGUACGCGGGGUGGCCGCGUCGGCUAUUCCCAAAAUAAUCACCAGACCAGUCAGUCGCAACAGCACAAUCACUACAAUACGAGUCAGCACAAGCAGCGGGCUGGUAGCUUUCAGCAACAGCCACAGCAGCAACAUCCUCUGUAUCACGUAGCAAAUAGUGGAGCUGGUCUUAGUGACACACCGACAUCGGGCAACGCUUCGGACGAGACUCUCACGGACUGCGAAUUGACGCAUCUUGCGCGGGAGUGGAACGUUGAGAAGGGAAUUGAAAAAGAAAAAGAAGCCCAUGAAAUUCAUUGGAACUCCAUCAACGACAAACAUAGCGCCUUGAUUCUUGCCCUUCUAGCACCCCAACCAUCCAUUCGCAAUGAGGCAAAAUCGUGUCUCUGCAUUACUCGAACAUGA